AGCCUUCUAACUGAUGUGAAACCGUGGAAGUAAAUCACUUUGCUGGGAACAAGGGGAAGUCCUGCAUAUUGUGUCUCCCAACUUUAUUGUCUGCAGCUUCUUUGCACAAUAGCGGUUGAUUUUUUUAAAAUAAGGAUUAAAUUAAUUGAAUUUCCAAUUAUGGAAAAUAUGGAAUUCCAAAGCAGAGCUCACUCCUAUAUGAUUCCAGAGAAUGAAGAAGUUCCACACAGGGGUAUUCAUGAUCUGCAUAAUACCAAUGGAAAUGAAGGCGAGAAAGCAGUGUCAAAAUUACAACGUAGGCACAGUGACAUAAAAGUAUACAAAGAAUUUUGUGACUUUUAUGCAAGAUUUAAUAUGGCAAAUGCUCUUGCAAAUGCCAUAUGUGAGCGCUGCAAAGGAGGCUUUGCACCUGCUGAGAAGAUUGUUAACAGCAAUGGUGAACUGUACCAUGAACAGUGUUUUGUGUGUGCCCAGUGCUUUCAGCAGUUCCCUGAAGGGCUCUUUUACGAGUUCGAAGGAAGGAAGUAUUGUGAACAUGAUUUUCAGAUGCUUUUUGCCCCUUGCUGUCAUCAGUGUGGUGAAUUCAUUAUCGGUCGUGUUAUUAAAGCUAUGAAUAAUAGCUGGCAUCCAGAAUGCUUCUGUUGUGACCUCUGCCAACAAGUACUGGCAGAUAUUGGAUUUGUCAAGAACGCUGGCAGGCAUCUUUGCCGUCCUUGUCACAACCGGGAGAAAGCUAGGGGUCUGGGAAAAUACAUCUGCCAGAAGUGCCAUGCCAUUAUUGAUGAACAACCGCUUAUAUUCAAGAAUGAUCCCUAUCAUCCUGAUCAUUUCAACUGUGCCAACUGCGGGAAGGAACUUACUGCUGAUGCUCGUGAGUUGAAGGGAGAAUUAUAUUGUUUACCAUGCCAUGAUAAAAUGGGUGUCCCCAUUUGUGGUGCAUGUAGGAGACCAAUUGAAGGACGAGUGGUGAAUGCUAUGGGGAAACAGUGGCAUGUGGAGCAUUUUGUUUGUGCAAAGUGUGAAAAGCCAUUUCUUGGUCAUCGUCACUAUGAGAGGAAGGGCUUGGCAUAUUGUGAAACCCAUUACAAUCAGCUGUUUGGUGACGUUUGUUUCCACUGUAAUCGUGUGAUUGAAGGAGAUGUUGUCUCUGCUCUGAAUAAGGCAUGGUGUGUGAACUGCUUCGCUUGUUCCACUUGCAACACUAAGUUAACUCUCAAGAACAAAUUUGUUGAAUUUGAUAUGAAGCCUGUCUGCAAGAAAUGCUAUGAGAAGUUUCCUUUGGAGCUGAAGAAAAGAUUGAAGAAACUAGCUGAAACUUUAGGGAGGAAGUAAAGCCUCCUUCUAAUCUCAUCUUCCUGUGCAAAAAGAGAAAAUAUUACAGAUAUUACUUGACUUUUAUUUUAUUUUUCUUUGAGGCUGCAAUCAGCAAUACAUAAGCAAAGAAAAUGAGUUUCCUUGAUGCAUGACUAGCUUCAUACUAAAGUACUUUCCUCUUAUCUCCCGCAAAACAUGCAUCUAAAAACCCUCUACAUUUUAUAUAAACCUCAUUACUAGCAAAAACAAAAUAUAUCUUCAAUUCUGUAUUUGAUAUUUACAUGUAUACAUAUUUGUUGAUAUGUAGAUUGUACUUGCAUAGUAAAUUGUUAGAUUUAAUAGAUACAAAUUCAUGUUAAACUCUUAUGGCUCUGGUACUGCAGUUGGAUCUGCCUUGUGCCCACUGAUAUCAGUGGGAUUCUGUGCAGACAUAAGAUCUGCUUGUGCAUAUCCUGCAAGGACUUAACAGACAAGCCUAGCUUUCUGUACACAAAUAGUGCCGUUGAAGUUAAUGGUAAUACUCGUGCACAGAAUUAAGCAUGUUUGUAAGUCUUUAAAUGACUGUAGCAUCACUUUUUAUGGAACUAUUCAUUUUUAGAUUCAGAUCCAAGUAGUCAUUAUGAAGCCUUAUUUUAAAUGUCUCUGAAGAAAGUCAAACUUCUAAGUACAACCACUGCAAAAGUGUAGUGCCUUUAAUAGAUAAUUCUUACAUAAUUAAUCUUUGUAUAUCAGACUUAAAAGUUGUAAUAGAAAUAUAGAAAACAUAUUCCUGUUGCAAGAAAUAUGCAUAUUCAGAGCUACCUGAAUUUUGCUAUGUUCCGUUUAAAAUAAUCCAAUAACAUUCAUGAGUGUUUUUGUAUUUUACUUACUUUUUGUGCCUUAUUCUUCUGUAUCUUUCACAAUAGUAUUCAAAAAAAUUGAUGCAUUAAAUAUAUAUACAGUUUUAUUUUUAUUUUAUAUUUUUAUGCAGAAAAUGUAUACCAGGUAUUAUAAGAGAUAAUAUGCUUUAACUACUUCAACUCUAUAGGACGUAUGAAGUUUGUUUGUUUGUUUGUUUGUUUUUCAAAUAUUGAGAACACCUGAAUUUUAAAAAAUACAUCAUGUUGCUUCUAGGCUGAAUUAAUUUUUUAAUAGUACAUGAAAUAAUUCUCUUUCAUCUCUGAAUGUUACUUUUACACCAGUGAGUGGAUAUAUAAAUGGUCUAUCCUGGAAGGUGCUGAGCACCUUCAGCUUCCAUGUCAGCCUUGAAGGACUGGGUCCAAACUGAUCAGAAUUCCCUAUAACAUACUUUUAAGUCUUAUGCUAUUCAUUUGUAUUCAUAAAGAAUCUAGGGGUUUUUUUCCCUUCCUUUAUAAAAGUGCAGUAGUAUGGCAAACUUGUUUAACAAAAUUAAUAAAUCUUUUUUUUCCUUUAUUAUAGCAACCUAAACAGAUUGUAUAGGAUUAUAUUUUACCAACUAAAGUCUCAUUUCAUAUCUUGAAGAAAAAAUAUCCCUUAGUUGGUUUAAAUGCUAAGCUUCCCAGUGUGAUUAAUAAAGGCUAUAGAAUAUAA